CUCAACCGCCAAGGAUGUUUGCUCAAAGUAUUAUCAAGAGAUUGGAGCAGAGAUGAUUAGCAAUCAGUUGAUCAUUAGACUAGAGAAGGACAAGAGCAGGAAAAAGAAACGAGGAGAAUGGGAUCCACCUUGCGAUUGCGUUGAGAUUCAAAGGCCAACAAGCAAAAGCGGACCCAGAAUAAUUAAUGCAGAUUGUGACGAUCGCAUUGUAUUUCGCGUCCAGUCAAACUUUCAGUUAAACGGAAAAGAAAAUUCUGUGUACAAAGCGCAAACUAUCGCUUACAAAGUUGGAUCAUGUAAAGAUGAAGGGGAUAGCCAUGAAUGCAAGACCAUCACGGUUUAUCCGCAAUUUACUACGGGAUCCCAAGAGGUAUAUAGCGAUCACGUAACGGAGGGCAAUCAGAAUAUCUUUUUACUAAGAGUGAAAAAGAAACCAGAAAGCUCUGAACAGAAAGCCAGGAACGUCGAACUUGAACUCAGAACGCCUAAACCGCCAACGCCGCCACUUGCACUCGUAUCUGCGGUUUCGUCGCCGCAACCCGUUGUCGAUUUAAAUGCAAAAGUUGUAGAGAAACCAGAUGAGAUCACUUCUAUCACGGCAGAGAAGCUUACCAAGCAACCAACAAAAGAAUUAAAACAUAAGAAAAAGAAAAAGAAAAAGAAAGAAUAA